AUGAGUCCUUUUGCAUGACCUCUUCUCAUGACACAAGCUUUAUUUUCACCGACCACGUGAAACUGACGACGAAACCACGUGUUUUGCAGAAGAAAUACAGAAAUUAUCUUUUUUUUUUUUUUUUUUAAAGAUGCUGUAUGAACAAAAUCAAUUCUCUUUGCAAACACUAGACGUCAGUAGAAUAAUCUUCCACAACUUUUUUUUUUUUUGUUCUCUUCCUGUUUUCCGGGAAAUAAGGGGAGAAACCGCAGCUGAUCGCAGGCGGAACCGCCUUCUCUUUGCGGUCAAACCCUCGGUUCUGCUGCCGCAGGCUGUCAGCAUGUCGGCCGUGAAGGUGGCAGAGGGGAGUGUGCAGGUGACAGAUGGGAGUGUGCAGGUGGCAGAGGGGAGUGUGAGGGUGACAGAGGGGAGUGUGAGGGUGACAGAGGGGAGUGUGCAGGUGGAGGGCUGCAAGGCGCCGCUCUUCUACCGACAGAGCGAACCCCCACAAGGGGAAGCCCGCUUGUCCGUUCUCCUCCUCCAUGGGAUCCGUUUCUCAUCUGAAACCUGGCUGAACAUCGGCACCCUGGAGGCUCUCGCCAACGCUGGGUGCCGCGCAGUCGCCAUCGAUCUGCCAGGCCUGGGCCGCUCCGCGGCAGCCGAGGCCCCGGCGGCCGCGGGUCAGCUGGCCCCCGCGGGCUUCCUCCGAGCGGUGUGUGAGCGGCUGGGCCUGGGCCCGGUGGUGGUGAUCAGCCCGUCCCUCAGCGGGAUGUACUCGCUCCCCUUCCUCCUCCAGCACCCGGCCCUGGUGCGGGCCUACGUCCCGGUGGCUCCCAUCUGCACGGAGCACUUCACGGCCGAGCAGUACCGCAGCGUGAAGGUGCCGGCGCUCGUCGUCUACGGCGACCAGGACACGCAGCUCGGAGAGCGCUCGCUGGACCACCUGAGGAACCUGGCCAAUCACAGCGUGGUGGUCAUGAAAGGGGCCGGUCACCCUUGUUACCUGGACGACCCGGACACCUGGCACAAAGCUCUCACCGGCUUCCUCAACACGCUGUGCAGCAGCCACACGGAAGCAACCACGCUUACCUGAAAGGGCGAUAAAACCCGAGAGGUGGAAGAGGAGAAAUGAGGGUUCAACAAUCGAAGCUUCAUCUGUACAAAAGAAUGGAGCGACAUGGACCACUGUCCAGAAAAGAAGGAGCUAAUUCUUCCAAGCACACAAACAUUCACACUCACACACAAACAAGAAAUAAAAAAUAAUGAACAAAUUCAAAACGUUUUGACUUCAGAUCUCAAACUUAUCGACAGUGCUGUAUUCCUAUAUUUUUAUAACUUCACGGAUAAUUUGACUGAUUUAACUUUUUUUUUCUCUCUCUCUAAAUGUUGCAGUUUA